ACCCUAUAGAUACAAUUUGUUACUCUAUAACUUAAUCGCAAUGGCUAAGGUAGUAUUAAACGCGGUCCGAGUCCUUUCUAUGGACGAAAUAUGCUCAGUAGCGCUGUCUAGGCGUGUUGUGGUAUUGGACCCAGAGUUAGCACGGUCACUCGGGAUAACUGAUCUCACAAGUGGCUCUAGAGCCCCUGGCACAUGUAAAUCGUCAGGAAGCUUCCUGGAUAGACUAAUCUGCUGCGCCCUGCUUCACAGGGCGCUGAGGCGCCGCUUUGGCAACAGUGGCACAUUGGUAUCCAAGUUUGUCAAUGCGUUAAACAGCGAUUUGCUGUGCUUGGAUAACUAUGGCCAGCAGCCUGCUGCUUUGAACGAUCCACGACUGUUGUGGGCAUUAUCCAAAGUGGCUGAGAUAAGCCCAUACGAGUUGAGUGAUGAGUUCAUUCGCAAAGUUGCAGGUUCAUUGGGUAUAACGGAAACGGAGUAUACCGACCUAUGCCAUGGGCAGCUUGAUUUAUUCGCCCGAGUGUCGUUCAUAUGCCUCAUACUGAGUUCAUUCUCCAAAUUCUCAGACUGUGUAGUAGGGCUCAUAUGCGAGUCCCUGCGGAUACCCACGGCAUGCUUCUCGAGUGUUGAAUUGCAGAAGUUGCCACAUACAGUCACGGUAUGCCGGAACCUGGUGUGGCUGACUGAAGACAGCAAGUUGAUUUCACCUUCAGCUGAAGUUGACAGGGACCUGCAACUAUCACUAUCCAGUUAUAUCAUGGCCAACGGAGAGAUUGCCGAGCUGUCUAAAUCAAUUUUACGCAUAUGCCAUGAAAUGCUAGUUGGUAUCUGCAGCAGUGAGUCCAAUGGCAUCUCUUUUAUGGAGCACUCGUGGUCACUUGCUUUGGACUCACACAUUGCCCGCUUGCACCGUUGCAUGAAGGUGCUAGCCCAGUGUUACAUAUCGUUUGUUCCACUGCUGCAUCGCAAGUUUAACUCACUUCUUGCCCAGGCCAAGGACAGUAGCUUGGAUAUCCAGGUUAUAGAGGAUACUUACCUAGACCUGUUGGAAAAAUUGAAGUUGUCACUCUCUGGUGUGGAUAACGCCAAGUCUAGCAUUGAAGCUAUGGGUGAGCUUCCAUCCAUAUGCAGUGACCUGUCACUGGCAUGUGCUUCCUUGUGUACCACCAUCUUAAGACUACAGGAGAUCCUCAAGAAAAGUGACUCGACGCAACGUAAGGCUGUUUUAGGACACGGUAACAUGGGAGUCUACGAUUACCUUCUGGAGAUACUGGGACCCGGUGUAUAUGGCAUCCAGGCAUAUAAGCACUUGAAUGAUUCCUUCGGUAUACCGGGAAUAUUAGACCAUGCAACUAGGUUAAAUGCUAUGCUACUGCCACAGAAUAACCAAAUUCGCAAACUCAAGGUGCCCAAGGGCACUGUCGAUAUCUUGCCGGAUGAUAUGCUCGUGAGAUCAAUAGUAAUGGAUGCCGUGAAAAGUAUAUUCAAGCAACAUGGUGCCUGCGAGAUUGACACACCAGUAUUCGAGCUUAGGGAGACCUUAAUGGGCAAGUACGGUGAGGACCAGAAGUUAAUCUACGAUCUAAAGGACACUGGCGGCGAGCAGCUAUGCCUCCGGUACGAUCUGACCGUGCCAUUCGCACGGUUCCUGGGUACCAAUAAAAUCGAGAAAAUGAAACGGUUCCACAUUGGCAAGGUGUACCGCCGUGAUGAACCACAGAUACAACGUGGCCGCUUACGAGAGUUUGUGCAGUGUGACCUCGAUUACGCAGGGUCUUACCAAUUGAUGUUAGCCGAUGCCGAGGUAGUCUACAUACUGAUACGUAUCCUGCGAAUGCUGUGUACAAGCACAUUCGUUAUCAAGAUAGGGCACCGCGUGAUCCUGGAUGCUAUCAUGACCCAUUGCGGAGUACCAGCAGAAAUGCACCGGACCAUAUGCAGCUCAAUAGACAAGCUGGAUAAGGAACCUUGGUCCAAUGUACGUGAAGAGAUGAUAAGCGAGAAAGGUCUGGCAGUAUCGGCAGUGGAAAGCCUAAAAGAGUUUGUGGAGAUCAAGGGGCCGAUAUCAACAGUUGUGGAAUACCUACGCAACAAAGGACUCGUGGAAGCAUCAGGUGCACUUGAUGAAAUGUUACUGUUAAAUCAAUACCUAGCCUCAUUUGGUGCCAAGGAUAGCGAGAUUUCAUUCGACCUCAGUUUAGCCAGAGGACUGGAUUACUACACAGGUGUUAUAUUUGAAGCGGUUCUAACCGGCACUUCGGUUGGCUCAGUAGGUGCCGGAGGCCGUUAUGAUGGGCUGAUUGGAAUGCUUUCAGGGAGGCAAGUGCCCUCCGUUGGAAUGUCACUAGGCAUCGAGCGCAUAAUGCGCGUUCUAUCGCAAAACAAAGUAUCCAGUGAUGUAACGGACGUUUUUGUCUGCACAGUGGGUGAUGCCACCAUGCUGCCAGAACGGCUUCGUAUAUGCUCACUACUCUGGGAUGCAGGAAUAGCUGCAGAGUUCCAUUACAACCCCCGUGCCAACCUGAAAAAACAACUAGAUGCUGCCACGGUUAAACGUGCACAGGUCGCUGUCGUCGUCGGCAUGAGCGAGAUUUCGGAAGGAACUGUCCGCAUUAAGUCACUCAACUAUGAAGAAGAAAAUAUAAAAACGGAAAGCGAGUCUACAGAACGCCCGGAAGAUCUCGUCAUCGGACGCACUGAAAUGGUACACAGCAUCAAGCACAUAUUGGGAAGGCAAGGGAGUAGGCACAACCAACUGACCAAAACAAUUAUACCAAAAAUAUAACUUUUGGGUUAAUAUUAAUAAAUGUAAUUGUGUUGUGCGAGGUGUUAUAUA